GUAUUCAUUGAACUUUUUAUAUUUAAGGAAGGGCCUCAACGCAAGGAGUCUGGAAAGCGUGGACGAAAGCCUGGCAGGAAAUCAACUGACAAAGUUGAUGUGAAAGCGAAACUUGAGCGUAGCAGACAAAGUGCAAGAGAAUGUAGAGCCCGAAAAAAGCUACGCUACCAAUAUUUGGAAGAAUUAGUUGCUGAUAGAGAGAAGGCUGUAUUUGCCCUCCGAAAUGAAUUAGAAAAGUAUCAACAGUGGGCCAAAGACAUCGAUCAAGGUCGGGUUCCAGAAGAAAUUGAUGCUCUAUUGGAGGAAUUUGCUCCAGUAAAGAAAGAAAAAUCAAAUUAAUAAUUAUUAAGUAAUGUAAAUGUAUGUUAUUGGUCUAUCUACGUAUACAUAUUCGGUGUAUAGUUGUUGCUGAUACAGUACGUUCAUAUAUUUAUAUAUUUAAUUUUAUAUUGUUCCCAUUUAUGAAAAAUAAAUGCAUUACGUGUUA